AUCACUUCGAGUAUCCCCUCUUCUGUCUUCUGCUGGUUCUCCAGUUUUAUUAUCUUAACCCACCCUUAACUGUCGUAAGACGUAGUCACCUCACAGAAGAAGUGAAGUCUAUCACAUCAUCAUGGCCUCAACCUCUACAUCCGACGUACCCUCCAUUCCGGUGGUAUUCACCACAAAAACCGCGUACCCUCUACCAUCCCAAAAGUUUAUGAUACCUUCGACAUGGAGACGCUACCAACUUUCGCAGCUUAUCAACAAAGCACUUUCUCUACCUCGUGUCAUACCCUUUGAUUUUUUGAUCGGUGGAGAGGUACUGAAGGGUAGUCUUGAAGAGAGAGCUGCAGGAGAGGAGGAAACAUUAGAGAUAGAAUACAUCGAAAGUGUUAUGCCCCCGAAGCGGAUGGCAAAUCUGCCUCAUGAAGACUGGGUAUCCGACAUCUCCUGCCAACUUCCUGAGCACUUCUUGACCUCAUCCUAUGACGGAUCAAUACGCGUAUUUUCUUACGCCCAGUCUCUUCUCCUGACUUGGCCACUUCACACUGCACCCAUCACGUCCAUAUCCCUCAUCCCUUCCGUAUCACCUUCGAAAACAACGCGUCUGGUGGCCACAGCCUCUCAUGACCUUACGGCUCAAAUAUCCGAAAUUUCACUCCCUCUGAACCAAAAUGAUAUGGACAUUGCACCCUCCACUAAGACUCUGGCGUCUUUGCACCUCCAUACUGCGCCCCUUUCGGCAAUACACUCUAAUUCAACCGGGUCACGGCUCCUCACUUCAUCAUGGGAUGGACUUAUUGGUCUAUGGGACACUACAAUUCCCGAUUCUGAUGAAAUUCCGUUGACGCAAAUUCAGGCACCUGGCUAUGGAGAAAGCGGGGACCGGAAGAAGAGGAGGAAGGUGGACAAGGACGCAGACGGUGAAACGCCAGGAAAAGGCGCCAAGGGUGUAAGAAAAGCGCCAAGUGCGGUAUUGAAAUCGCACACUGCCCGAGUAUCGGAUGUGCAGUUUGGACGGGGGAACGAGGGCAAGGCUGUCAGUUGUGGGUUCGAUUCGACUCUCAGGGAGUGGGAUGUGGAGAAUGGGGUGUGCACGAAUACAAUUUCCGCAUCCGAGAAGCCCUUCCUCGCACUCACUCUUCCCUCAUCGUCAACACAUCCAUCUUCCGCCCUUGCAGCGGCAACAGACCGCACAGUAACACUAUACGAUCUACGUUCCUCGGCAGCCACAACCUCGUCGACCGUAUCCUUCUCUCAUGCUUCCGCUCCUUCAUGCCUUACCUUUUCUUCGCAAGAGGGCUCUCAGCAAUUUGUCAGUGGGGCCUAUGACGGCGUAGUCAGGUUAUGGGAUUUGAGGAGUGCAGGGAGAGAGAUGGCGAGCUUCAAAGUGUGGGAUGGGGCACAAAAGGUCCUUGGGGUGGACUGGAGUGGAAGUGUUGUGGGCAUUGCUGGCGAGGGAGGGGUAGAAGUUUGGAAGGUCGGCCAAGAUACGGAAAAAUAAGAACGUCCGCGUGUGACUUGCACUUCUACCAAAAGGCGCACAUAUAUACAAUCGUGAUAGAAUGUGCAAGCUAGUAUGAACAGC